UUUAAAUUUCCUUAGUCAUUGCUCGUUUUGUUUAUUAUAGUGAAAUAGUGCAAGUCGAUUAUUUUUGUUGUUUCACUCUGAUCAUUGUUAAUUAUUUAUUUUCUUUUACCUUUAAAAAUCUUAAACAAUAACUCAAAAAUAUGUCUGGUGGCUAUGACAGAGCAAUCACGGUAUUCUCGCCGGAUGGUCAUCUCUUGCAAGUAGAAUACGCACAAGAAGCGGUACGUAAAGGAUGUACAGCCAUCGGUGUACUAGGCAAGGACUGCGUCGUACUCGGUGUUGAAAAGAAAUCUAUAGCAAUGCUCCAAGAAGAACGUACUGUACGCAAGAUUUGCCCUCUGGAUUCGCACAUAGUAAUGGCAUUCGCUGGUCUGACAGCAGAUGCGCGUGUAAUCAUAAACCGAGCACAGAUGGAAUGUCAAUCACAGUACCUGACUCUCGGUGAAACCGUAACGACUGAAUAUAUCACACGCUUCGUGGCAUCUAUCAAACAGAAAUACACACAGAGCAACGGUCGCCGUCCAUUUGGCAUAUCAUGCCUGAUUGCUGGUUUCGAUAAUACUGGUGAACCCCAUCUGUUCCAAACCGAACCAUCAGGUAUCUAUUACGAGUGGAAGGCAAAUGCCACUGGAAGAAAUUCCAAAUUGGUCAAAGAAUUUUUACAGGAUAACUAUAAUGAUGAAGCGGUAAGUACUGAACAAGGUACUAUCAAAUUAGCAGUCAGAGCAUUACUGGAAGUAGUUCAGUCUGGUCAAAAAAACAUUGAGUUGGUAGUGUUAAAGAAUAAUGAAAAGAUGAAAAUGUUGGACCCAGCUUCGCUUGAAGAAAUGGUUAAUGUUAUAGAAGCAGAAAAAGAAGCUUUGGAGAAAGAAAAGAAUAAACAAAAAGAUAAACAAUAAAAUUAUUUAAUUAUUAUGUCCAGGGAAUAUGAAUAAAUCAUUUCUAAUUUGAGUAUAAAUGAUAUUUUUCUGUAUUAUGUACCUAUAUUUUAUAUUAAUAAUUUAAUAAAGUAAAAAAUUAGGUGCAUUUA